AUGAUAAAUGAUGUAGAUAUCCCCGAGGAGGCGCAGAAAAAACUCUCAAAAUUCAGCUGCCUCCUCCACAAUCUCGAAACCAUGGAAAUGCGAGUUGCUGCUCUCAAGAAAAAACUCAACACCCUCACCGACGCCAAAGAGGAGGCCGAGAUUUCCCUCGCAGACGACGACCUCUGGUUCCGCGUUGACCCACCACCUUCCUUCCCAAACCCUUCCAGAACCCCCAGCAGCAGCAGCAGCAGCGCAGCAGCAGCAGCAGCAGCGCAGCAGCAGCAGCGCAGCAGCAGCAGCGCAGCAGCAGCAGCAGGAUCUCCAGCAGCAGCAGCCCCACCUCCACCAGCAGCGCCCCCAGCAUCACCAGCAUCAUCACCACAAGCAGCAGCACCCCCCCUCCCUCAGCAGCAGCAGCAGCAGCAGCAGCAGCAGCAGCAGCAGCAGAAGAUGGGUCGUUCGCAGCAGCGGAAGAAGAAGGGAAAGGAGCGUCUAGACCGCUACUACUACUUGGCCAAGGAGCAGGGCUUCCGGGCCCGAAGUGCCUUCAAGCUUAUUCAGCUCGCCCAGAAAUAUGACCUCUUCAGCAACUGCAGGGUGGUGGUGGAUCUGUGCGCAGCCCCGGGCUCGUGGCUGCAGGUCUGUUUGCGGGAGAUGUCGCAGAAGAAAGGCGCGAGCUUGGGGCCGAAAAGAAGUUCAAAUUUGGAGUCAAAUUCGAAUUUUAAAUCCAAAUUCAAGUUUAAUUUUAAUUCCAAUUUUCACCCCAUUCUCAUCGGAGUCGACCUCGCCCCCAUCGCCCCCCUCAAGAACUGCCUUUGCCUGAAGGCGGACAUCACCACUGUGGACUGCCAGCGCCAGCUGAGGGCCGCGCUGCAGGGGGAGGAGGCGGACUUGUUUCUGCACGACGGGGCCCCGAACGUGGGCAGCAGCUGGGCAGGAGAUGCUUUUGAACAAAACAUUUUGGUUUUAAAUGCUUUUAAAUUGGCAUGUUUGCAUUUAAAAAAAGGAGGAACAUUUGUGACAAAAGUGUUUCGUUCUGCGGACUAUUUGCUGCUGCUCUUCGCGCUGCAGCAGCUCUUCGAGAGAGUUGCUGCAACGAAACCUGCAGCUUCUCGCGGCGCCUCUGCAGAGCUCUUUCUUGUUUGCUUCGGAUUUAAAAAGCCGAAAGUCCUCGACAAGAGACUUUUCGAUCCCAAGUUUGUCUUCAUGGCAGUGGACCAGGCCCCGGACUCGGAGCAGCAGCAGCAGCAGCAGCAGCAGCAGCAGCGGCGGCGGGAGCAGGAGCGGGCGCCGGAGGCGUCGGAACGCGCGCGGGAGCUGCAGCAGCAGCAGCAGCAGCUGCUGCAGCUGCAGCAGCAGCAGCAGGAACGCGUGCGCCUCGGCGAGGCGCUGCGGCAGCAGCAGAAGCGCCACCGCGACGGCUACGAUGCUGCUGCUGCUGCUGCUGCUGUCUUCAAAGAAUUAUCUCUCUUUAGCUUCUUCACUUCGAAAGAUCCUGUUAGGGAUCUCUUAAGUGCUUCCACUUUGUCUCCCAGACUCCCCCGGGACGCGCGAGCAGCAGCAGCAGCAACAGCAGCAGCAGCAGCAGCAAUCCGCCAAGGAGAGAGCAGCAGCAGCAGCAGCAAGAACGACACCCCCGCUGCGGACACAGCCGCAGAAGCAGCAGAAGCAGCAAAUGAAAACGAAGAAAAGGAAAUAAGUGAAAAAGAAGAAAAGGAAAUACAUGCAAAAGAAGACAAGAGUGAAAAGGAAGCAGCAGCAGCAGCAGCAGCAGCAGCAAAAGGGGAAAAGCAGCAGCAAAACGAAAGUGAAACUGGCCUGAGUCCAGAAGCUUACACAGAAUUGAUUUUAAAAAAUAAAUUAACAACAAAAGAAAUUAAAGAACUUUGGGAAGAUUUAAAAGUCCUCAACAAAAAAGAUCUCCGAACUUUGCUGCUGUGGCGCUGGAAGGUCAAAAGACAAAUCGAAGCAACCCUCCGCAGCAGCAGCAGCAGCAGCAGCAGCAGCGGCAGCGGGGACGGCAGUGGGGAAGCGGUAGACGGUGUUGAGGGUAGAGAAACAGCAGCAGCAGCAGCAGCAGCAGCAGCAGCAGCUGAGGAUGAGAAUGAGCAGGCGGAUGCGGAGUUGCUGUCACUGCAUGCAUCGGUGUCUCGGAAGCUGCGGCGGCAGCAGCGGAAGCAGCAGCGGCAGCAGCAGCAGCAGCAGCAGAAGCAGCUGUUCUCCAGAAAUGCCUAUUCUGUGGGGGAAAGAGACUCUGAAUUAUUUCAGCUGAGUGGCGAAGCAGCAGCAGCACUAGCAGCAGAAGAUUUGCUGCUGCAGCACCGCAGCAGGGAAGAAGACAGCAGCAGCAGCAGCAGCGACGACGACAGCGACAGCAGCAGCAGCAGCAGCAAGUACAAAACCUCCAACAAACAUUUGCUGCUGGAGAAGGCAGUGGAUUCUUCAAUUGCGCUGCGGCAGCAGUUUUUGAGCAGCAGCAGCAGCAGCAGCAGCAGCAAAAAGAAGAAAGAGACGCGGCGGGCGAAAGUGAUGAAGGAGAGAAUAGAAGAGCUGCAGGCUCUUGACGAGAAGCUGCAGAAGGAAACAAGAGAACAUUUUGCUGCGCAGCUGCAGCAGGACUCUGACUGUGACAGCAGCAGCAGCAGCAGCAGCAGCGACGAAAAGCCAGCACACAGAAGCAAAAAGGCAGCGCGCAAACGCAACGCCCACGAGUUCUUGGACGAUGAGCUUCCCGCUGCUGUUGUGAAGGCAGCAGCAGCAAAAGGAGGCGGGAGCAGUUCGCCAGCAGUAGCAGCAGCAGCAGAAGACGAAGGAGCAGCAGCAGCAGCAGCAGCAGGGUCGCGCGAAGCAGCAGCUGCUGCUCGUUUUUUCGAGCAGCCUUUAUUCUCUUCAGCAGGAGAAGAAUUAGCUGCGUCGCUGCUGACGGAGACGUUCGACCCCGUGCUGCAGCAGCAGCAGCAGCAGCAGCAGCAGCAGGAAGAGCAGCAAAUUGAGGAGCUCGAUGACGCGGAGCUGCCGCAAAUGCCUUUAUUGGAGAAGCAAAAAAGACAAAUAAAAAGAAAAAAAGAAGAAGAAAAAAAAGCAAAAAGAAAACUACUUGCAGACCCAGAGGCAGCCCCAGCAGCAGCACAGAAAAUCGAAGUGGCCCCCCCGCUGCUGCUGGGGCCCCCCGCAGCUGCCCAUACACCUGAAUUUGCUGCUGCAGCAGCUCUUUUGAUUCGCCGCUCUUCCCGAAUGGACUUAAUCGACGGAGCUUACAAUCGCUAUGCCUUCAAUGACCCCCAGCUCCCCUCCUGGUUUGUAGAAGAGGAGGAGCAGCACAACAAGCCGCAGCUGCCAAUGACGAAAGAAGCAGCAGCAGAAUACAGAAGAAAGAUGAAAGAAAUAAACAGCCGGCCGAUUCGAAAGGUGCAAGAGGCGAAGGCGCGGGCCCGCAAACGCUCCCAGAAGCUCCGCAAGAGACUCGAAAAAGAAAUUAAUUUAAUUUCCGAAAGCUCCAAGAAGGCCCCGAAGACCCUCAUAGUGUCGCGGUCUGCUGGAGUUGCUGCUGCUGCUGCAGCAGCAGCAGCAGCAAAACGGCGCGGCAGCAGCAGCAGCAAACUGCGCAGCAGCAGGAGAAAUAGAGAUGUCAAGUUUGUGGACAAAAGACUCAAGAAAGACACAAGAGCAGCAAAAAGAAGAAAAGCAAAAAAUCGAAAAAAAUAA